CGUUACAAUAAUGGGGAAAUCAGAAAGCCAAAUGGAUAUUGUGGAAAAAUCGACCAAAUCUGGGAGGAAGCCCUGGAGCUUUGUGGCCAUCGGGCUGGCUGUCCUGCUGCUCCUCAUGACCUGCGCUGCCGUCGCCCUGGUGAUCCUCUAUGCCAGCACCAGAGGUUCCCACUAUGGCACCAACUCGGGCAGCAUCUGCACCACCCCUGGGUGUGUGACAGCAGCUGCCAGAAUCAUCCAGAACAUGGACCCCACAGCUGACCCAUGCCAGGAUUUCUACCAGUAUGCCUGUGGGGGCUGGCUGAACAGGCACGUGAUCCCAGAGACCAGCUCCAGAUACAGCAUCUUUGACAUCCUGAGGGACGAGCUGGAGAUCAUCCUCAAAGGUGUGCUGGAGACUUCAGACCAAGGGGACAGAGAAGCAUUUCAGAAAGCCAAAAUCCUUUACAAGUCCUGCAUGAAUGAGAGUCUUAUAGAGCAAAGAGAUUCCCUGCCCCUGCUGGAGGCCUUGAGGAUGGUUGGAGAUUGGCCAGUGGCUUCUGCAGACUGGAGUAGGACCAAAGAGCCAAGCUGGAGCAUGGAGGAAACCCUUUCCAUCAUGAACUCCAGGUUUAACAAACGUGUCCUCAUCGACAUGUUCGUGUGGAAUGAUGACAGGGAUUCCAGCAGACACAUCAUUUAUAUUGACCAGCCAAGUUUGGGGAUGCCAUCCAGAGACUACUACUUUAAUGGGGGCAACUAUCAGAGAGUGAGGGAGGCUUACCUGCAGUUCAUGAUCACCAUCGCCAAAAUGAUCCGCGAGGACAAGAACGUGUCCAGGGAUGAUUCCUUUGUCCAGGAGGAGAUGGCAAAGGUCAUGGAGCUUGAAACAGAGAUUGCAAAUGCCACCACCCCAGCAGAGGAAAGGCACGAUGUGACCCUGUUGUACAACAAAAUGACCUUAGCAGAGCUGCAGGAAAAGUUUGCAUUCAAUGAAUUUAACUGGACCUUCUUCAUCCAACGUGUCAUGUCUUCAGUGAGUGUUCAGGUGGACCCAGAGGAGGAGGUGGUUGUGUAUGGGAUGCCUUAUCUGCAAGAGCUGAAAGCAAUUAUCUCCAAGUACUCAGCCAGCACCAUCCAGAACUACCUCAUCUGGCGGCUGGUGAUCGACCGCGUCAGCAGCUUGAGCCGGCGCUUCAAGGACGCUCGGGCCAGCUACAGGAAGGCCCUGUACGGGACGACGCUGGAGGAGGCGCGCUGGCGGGAGUGCGUGAGCUACGUCAACAACAACCUGGAGAACGCGGUGGGAGCCAUGUAUGUCCGGGAGACUUUUGCUGGUGAGAGCAAGAGGAUGGUCCGAGAUUUAAUAGAGAAGAUCCGCGAAGUGUUCGUGGAGACCUUGGAUGAGUUACAGUGGAUGGAUGAGGCAUCCAAGGAGAAAGCUCGUGAGAAGGCAAUGGCAAUCAAAGAACAAAUUGGCUACCCAGAUUACAUUUUGGAAGAUCACAAUGAGAAACUGGACCUGGAAUAUGCCAAUUUAAACUUCAGUGAGCACAGCUACUUUGAAAACAUCCUGGAAAACCUGCGAGCUGGAGCCCAGAAGAGCCUGAAAAAGCUGAGAGAGAGAGUUGACCAAGACAUAUGGAUAAUUGGAGCUGCAGUGGUCAAUGCAUUCUAUUCCCCCAACAGGAACCAGAUAGUUUUUCCUGCUGGGAUUCUCCAGCCCCCCUUCUUCAGUAAGCACCAGCCCCAGGCCCUGAAUUUCGGAGGGAUUGGGAUGGUUAUUGGGCACGAGAUCACGCAUGGCUUCGAUGACAACGGAAGGAAUUUUGACAAGGAUGGGAACAUGCUGGACUGGUGGAGCAAUUUCUCAGCGCUGCAUUUCAAGGAGCAGUCCCUGUGCAUGGUGCACCAGUAUGGGAAUUACACCUGGGAGCUGGCAGGGGGACAGAACGUCAGUGGCAUAAGCACAUUAGGAGAAAAUAUUGCAGAUAACGGAGGAGUCCGACAGGCUUAUAAGGCCUAUUUGAAGUGGCUGGAACAGGAAGGGAAGGAGCCAAAGCUGCCUGGACUGAACAUGUCCCACAAACAGCUUUUCUUCCUCAACUUUGCCCAGGUUUGGUGUGGCUCCUACAGACCAGAAUAUGCCAGCCAGUCCAUAAAGACAGAUGUGCACAGCCCUCUGAAGUACAGGGUGAUGGGCUCCCUGCAGAACUUUGAGGCCUUCUCAGAGGUGUUCCACUGCAAGAAGGGCUCGGCCAUGCACCCCGCGGGGACGUGCCGCGUGUGGUAA